AUGGCAUCCCAUCAGAUUGCCAUUGCAAAGGCCUCUUUCUCUGCUGGCCUUUUACGCCCUGAUCCGACAUCAGUGCCUCGCGACGACAUCGCGGCCUUCCACACUUGUCUCGAACGCGCCCUGUCCCAUUGCUCUCCGGCAAACAUCCAGACCUGCAAAGAAUGGCUGCUGCACUAUGUUCUCUCCUCCUCCAACCGGGUAGCGGGACUGGCCAAAUACCUAGUUGCGUUGGCGGACUCUUUUGGUGAAGCUCCAACUGGCGCUCCGCCCAAACCUUCGUCGAAGCGUCGCCGGCUUCAUAUACUCUAUCUCCUCAAUGAUCUACUGCACCACAGCAAGUACCACCUGGACACCACCAUGACCUUCUCCACCGUGAGCGGGUCCUUGCAGCCAUUCAUGGUGGACCUACUCGGCCACGCUGCUGCCUACGAUCGGGAGAAACACCCCCGGCACCAUCGGCGCCUGGAUGAUCUGCUUGAUAUCUGGUCCGAGCAUGGAUACUUUGGUCCAGACCUUCUCCAUAAGCUGCGAGAGGUGGUGAAGCACUCGGCUUCCACGGGUAUCUCGCCAUCGUCGAACGAUAUUUUGGUCCACGAGGCAGACGCAGCCAAGAAGUUGGGCGGGAAGGAGGCGCCCUUUAUCAUGCCAUCGACUCAUGGUGACCCGUCAACUCCGUACUACGAUCUUCCGGCAGGCAACCUGAUCCCCCAUAUUAUUCCCAACUCGACCAUCCCUCUUCAUCCCGAUACCAUCAAGCCGCUUCAGUUCCUCGCUGGUCCCGCGGACGGGAACUUGGUACAGGCUCUAAAGGGCUUUUUGAAGGAUGUGGAUCAGAUUUAUGGAACUGAUCAGCUCCUCAAGGAUGAUGGGAAUAUCGAUAUUGAUGAGCUAGGUCAGAGGAUCGUACGGGAUGAAAUCACCGGGGAUAUUCUCGAUGGCGAAACGUACUACGGCUGGUCCCGAGCAUUCUGCCAGCAGAUGAAAAAGCGGGCGCCCGAUGGUUCUCGCAGUCGCAGUCUCAGUCGCAGUGGAACUCGCGAUCUCAAACGCCGACGAUAUAGUGAUAGCUCCAUGGAUAGUCGAACUUCCCGAUCGCGGAGUCGGUCAGCGCCUGGGAAACGUGAGGCUCGGUAUGGAUCGUCGUCGAUAAGCCGCUCCCGACGAUCCGCCAGCCACGAAAGCCCUUAUUCCCCGCGUCAACCAUCACCGCCUCGUUUCCCGCCUCCCCAUCAAGCUUCCCAUGUUAAUCCCCCUCCCCCUCCCCCUUACCCAUACCCAUACAACGCACAAUAUGGACCCUCUGGGACCAACUUCCCUCACCCACCGCCACAGUACCCCGGUUGGCCCCCUGUCCCACCACCACAGUUCCCGGCCAUGGCCUUUCCUCCACCUGGCCCAGGUAUCAACCCUUCAGCUUUUCCUCCUUCUUUCUCUGGGCCUCCUAUUUCUGUACCGCCUGGUCAGCCUCUGCCCCCUGGGCAGUAUCACUUUCCUCCUCCCCAUCCUGGGGGGCAGCAUGGCGCCUGGGGCCCUCCUGGCGGCCGAAAUUGGCGAUAG